CAUGGAUAGAACAAACCGCCCGACCCUAAUUAUAGCCGCAUUUCUAACGACUUGGUAGACUUUAGGUUGAAGAAUCCGGACUUUUUCCGAAUAAACCCCAUUUGAAAUGAUCUAAUUAUAUAAUAGCUGGAUGCACGUUUCAGAACUAUUGGCUGGUCCCUGGUAUGGUAACUAUUAUCGCAAGCAACUAAUUAGUUCACAUCAAAGACGAGAUACAGCAACAGAUUAAACAGCGCGACCAUGUUCAGUCGGGUAGCAUUUCUUUUGUGCCUCUACCACAUCGCGGUCCAGAGUCAUGUGUUGAACAAAACCGUCUACAAUCAGCGAGUAGCAUCCAACUCUACAAACACCCCUUUAGUGCAAACAGAGACAACAGCAGAUAAACAGUUUGAUUUUAAGAAUAGAACAGAAGUGCCAAGUGAACGCGUUGCGAAUUCAAAUGAAAGUGAUGGUUCUGCAUCUGCAGGAUCUUCAGGUUCUGCACGGCUCGAUGUGAACGAAACAAGAACCGGCAAGAGUCACAAUCGGCAAUUUUCUGUUUCCGAGUUACUGACAACGACAUUUCCCAAAAAAACUUCGAAUGAUACCGGAUUGAACCCCUGCAAAGCUGAUGUGUUUCUCGACGACAUAGCCAUCACCUUUGAAUUGUCGAGGAAGAGGAAUAAUCCAGUGGAUGACGAAGAAAAGCACAAACUCAUUUCGGACAGCGCCAAGAAAAUCUUGGAGAAGAAAAAAAUCUGGAAAACCGACGCUUUAUCCAGUUCCCAUCGGAUCCAGAAACGGGCAGCCGCCACAACGGUGAAAGAAAGACUAUGGGAUUAUGGGAUAAUACCAUAUGAAAUCGAUGAGGAAUGGAGUGCGUUUCGAAAAGCCUUGGCCCGGCAGGCAAUGAGGCAUUGGGAGAACUAUACUUGCCUGAAGUUCAUUGAAAGGAACAAAACUGAAAAUGUGGACUUUGUGUUUUUCACCGAGAAACCUUGCGGAUGUUGCUCGUUUGUGGGCAAAAGAGGAAUCGGCGCUCAAGCAUUAAGCAUAAGCGAAAAUUGCGCAAAGUUUGGUAUUGUUGUCCACGAAAUAGGCCACGCAAUCGGGUACUACCACGAGCACACCCGACCCGAUCGAGAUAACUAUGUCCAAGUGUUCGAGGAGAACAUAAUGAAAGGUCAGCAGACCAACUUCAACAAACUGCCCACUGACCAAGUGACUUCGCUGGGCCAGAAAUACGACUACAAUUCCAUCAUGCACUAUGCGAGAAACACGUAUUCGAUAAACGGCUUUUCGGACACCAUCCAGCCGAUUGGAAUCCCGCUAGGCAUGAAAGCUCCGGAAAUCGGCCAGAGGGUGGGCCUGAGCGCUGGGGAUAUCGAGCAAACCUUAAUUCUCUACAACUGCCCAAAAUGCGGCAGCACGUUCCAGACAUUAUCCGGCUCGUUCUCUCCGCCCAAAAUGAACGUGAACGCCCCACGAGAAUCGCUGGCGUGUGAGUGGAGAAUCACUGCCACUCCUGGGGAGAAAAUCAUCCUCAACUUAACAUCGAUGGACGUUUUCAAGUCCCCAAAUUGCUCCACGGACUUUGUGGAAGUUCGCGAUGGCCAUUGGAAGAAAUCAAAGCUUCUUGGAAGAUUUUGUGGGCGGGGCGACGUCCCGAACAUCAGAUCGGACACCAAUCGGAUGCUGAUCGUUUACCAGGCCGCCACUAUCAAUGAGCACACGGGAUUUUUGGGCAACUUCGAAGUCGUUUGUGGAGGCACGAUGCAUGUCACCUCCAUUGGAUAUCUAGCUUCUCCAAACUACCCGGAUGACUAUAGCCCUAACAAGGAAUGCAUCUGGAAGAUUACUGUUCCCGAUCAAUACCAAGUGGCGUUAAAGUUCCUCAGCUUCGACUUGGAGCAUCAUGUGGAAUGCCGCUACGAUUUCAUCUCAAUCCACAGCGGAUUGGAUAAGAAUGCUUCCCAUGUGGCCACUCUUUGCGGCCAAACUGUUCCCGAAAACAUCGUCUCAUCGUCCAAUCAGAUGAUUAUGAAAUUCGUCUCCGACAAGUCAAAGCAAAGAGGAGGAUUUUCGGCGAAAAUUUUCGCUGAAUACAACGAGUGCGAUCGGAAGGACCAUGGAUGCGAGCAAACAUGCAUCAACACCUUGGGCAGCUACAUGUGCGCUUGCAGAAAAGGCCUGGAGCUACACUCAGAUAAAAGAAGCUGUGUUGUCCCUCAAGGCCCUAUUCUAGAUGCAUGUGGCGGCACCUUCAAGGCGCCAAAGGGAACCAUCGCCUCUCCAUCCUUCCCCGAACUGUAUCCCGGAAGCAAACAGUGCACUUGGAUCAUAGAGGCGCCUUUACAGCAUAUCGUCGUCUUGAACUUCACUCAUUUGGACGUAGAAGGGAACAACUAUGACGAUCAGUUGUGCGAAUACGACCAGGUCAAUGUGUCCAGCCUGCUGAGCAAUGGCAAAUACAAGCAGCAUGGCUCGUUUUGCGGCACCAAAAGACCCAGCAUGAUUUUUUCCGAGAGCAAUGUUCUGGAGAUUAGCUUCGGAUCGGAUGACAGUGUCCAACAAACUGGAUUUGCAGCUGUUUAUUAUAUUGAUCCAGAUGAAUGUUCUACUAGAAACGGUGAAUGUGAACACGACUGCGUGAAUACACUAGGGAGCUUCCAAUGCAUCUGUCGCACUGGUUUCACGCUACACGAAAACAAAAAGGACUGCAUUGAAGGUGAUUGUGUCCAUGAGAUCUUCACUGUAUCCACGCCGCCUAUGUAUGGGAUAAUCAGCAGUCCCAACUACCCAAAGUAUUAUCCGGCAUCCAAAGAUUGCGCCUGGCACAUCAGGACUUUGCCAGGCCAUCGCAUUCGGCUCAUUUUCAUGAACUUCAACUUGGAAUCUCAUCCUGAGUGCUACUUCGACAACGUCCAGAUAUUUGAUGGGGACUCGUCAAAGUCCCACCAGAAAGGCAGAUAUUGCGGACCUCGAGUGCCUCUGCCCAUUGACUCGACGGAAAACCAGCUCUACAUGACUUUCAAAUCCGACAAUAACGUCCACAAAAAAGGAUUCUCCGCCACUUACUAUACACUUUGCGGAGGAAUUCUGCAGGCUUCGCAAGAAAAACGCCAAAUCUACUCCCAUCCCCUCUAUGGGAAUGCCUCAUAUGCAAGCAUGAAGUCCUGCGAUUGGUUCGUGAUUGGAAAUGACGGUUUCAACGUAAAAUUGUCCUUCAAAGAGUUCGACUUGGAGCUGGAAGAGGACUGCAGUUAUGACUACUUGGAAGUGUUUGAUGGACUGGACAGUCAAGACAGCAGAAGCUUGGGGAGGUUCUGUGGCAAUCAGACAUCCACUGAACUCACGACCACCGAAGAAGGUGUAAUUUUAAAAUUCCGAACUGAUGAUCGGAUAGUUGGACGAGGCUUCAUUCUAGAAUACGAACUAGUUGAAAGCAUUGUUAGCCUAGAAGAGUAUGAUACACCGCUAGAAUAGAGCUGAGUGCUGGAACUAUGUAGCGAUUUGUGAUAUUUUAUGACACUGCUUGAGUUCUGACUUCAAAACAGUACUGCGAAUCUUCAGGCUACUUAUCUGGUUAAACAGAACAUGUUUUGAGGAGUGCAACAGGCACAAGCCCGUUUCUCGAAGAUCUGGAUUAAUUUAUUUCCCUUCAAGUUGCCAGUGCUGUUUAUAACACACUCCUCUUUGUAAUAUAGUUGUACAUAUAGCUUAAGAAAUGCAGACGAAUCCAUGUAUUAACAUUAAAAGUCUUAGUCUGACUGUUUCAACCCAUUAGACUUAAGUGUUGCAAAUGCACUCUGUGAUUGGAAGCACUUUUCAACUCCACUCAUUCACUAGAUAACGUUAAAACUUAUAAUUUGCUUGAGCGAAAUAAACGCAUCUUCUAACA